CUUGAAAUAAAGAAAAAUAGGUUUCAAAGAUUUUCUGCUACUCGGAUUACCAGCUCAAAUCAACCCAACUGAGUUAGGGUUACGAGUGAAGGAGUGCAUCGAUGUCCGAUUUUCAGACCUCAACUCACCGAGCCAAGUGGAUUUUCACUCCUCAAGAACUUGUUGCAAAGUACAGAGCUUCUAAUCGAAGAGCAAUACAAACUCUGGAGGAGUAUGGAACAACGCAAAUGGAAGUAGAUAUUGAUGGAUCAUUUUCAUACCCAGAACCUCAAAAAGACAAUGCUGAAAAGCAUUCUCGUCCAAAACCCCUCAGUAUUGAAGAAGAGCAGUCAAUGCGUGUAUUUUAUGAAAAUAAACUUCGAGAAGUAUGUAGUGCAUUUUACUUCCCUAAUAAAAUUCAGGCAACAGCUCUCUUAUACUUUAAAAGAUUCUACCUGCAAUGGUCGGUCAUGGAACAUCACCCGAAAAAUAUAAUGUUAACAUGUGUAUAUGCUGCUUGUAAGAUAGAAGAAAAUCAUGUAUCAGCAGAGGAGCUUGGGAAGGGCAUCUCACAGGAUCACCAAAUGAUUCUCAACUAUGAAAUGAUUGUUUAUCAGGCAUGGGUGGUUUGGAAUUUGAUCUUAUUGUUUAUGCUCCAUACCGGCCACUUGAAGGUUUUGUCAUUGAUAUGGAGGUCAGAUUGGUUAAUUUGCUUCGUAUAUAGAUGCUUCUCUCUCAUAUAUGAAUUCUGUCAGGCAACAAAUGGCCAGUUACAAAUGUUGAAGGAUUUGCAUGAAUCUGCAAAGUUGGAAGUUGACAGAAUCAUGCUUACUGAUGCACCACUUUUGUUCCCCCCUGGGCAGUUGGCAUUGGCUGCUUUGCGCUGUGCAAACAAUGUUCACAGGGUUCUCGACUUUGAGAGAUAUAUAGAAGGUGUUCUCUCUCGACAGAAUUCUGCACAUACCUAUCCAGAGCUCCUUGAAUAUUUAGAUGCCAUAGAUUCUUGGGUAAUGAAAUAUAAGUUCCCUUCUGAAAAGGAUAUGAAGCACAUCAACCGCAAACUAAAAUCUUGUUGGGGCCAUAGCUCACAUGACGAGGGUAAGAAACGGGAAAAAAAAUCGAAGCACAAGUCCAAGAGCUCAAAUGAAAUGCAAAAUGGGCCUACUCUUGUGUAACCAUACAUUCUGCUUCUUGCAUUGUGAUCUUUCAGCAAUUUUCAUCAAACAUGGGUUCAGAUGAAUAUACUUAGCUUUUCAUGGCUUCAUUGAGUUGUUGAUUGAAAGAGAUAUCGUUCCAGUGGAAGAAGAGUAAUCUGAUUCUUUUACAGAUAAAUUUCUGGGCAUUAUUAAGAUCCUCUGCAUCUGAAUUUGUGAGCAAGUAUUAUGUUAUUUUUGUAGCGGCCGAACAUUUCCAUUUCCAUUUCCAUUUCCAUUCUUGAACUUACCAUAUGUAGAACUCUGACUACAUGAAGUUUUGUGAAUUUGUUUUUGAGCUUAUUAUAUUGAGAAAAUUCAUUGACUGAAAAA